AUGGGGGACUGGAAUUUCCUUGGAGGCAUUCUGGAGGAGGUUCAUAUCCACUCCACCAUGAUUGGAAAGAUGUGGCUCACUAUCCUGUUCAUAUUUCGAAUGCUUGUUCUGGGUGUAGCAGCUGAAGAUGUCUGGAAUGAUGAGCAGUCUGGCUUCAUCUGUAAUACAGAACAACCUGGCUGCAGAAAUGUAUGCUAUGAUCAGGCCUUCCCUAUCUCCCUCAUUAGAUACUGGGUUUUGCAGGUGAUAUUUGUGUCUUCACCAUCCCUGGUCUACAUGGGCCAUGCUUUGUACCGACUGAGAGUUCUGGAGAAGCAGAGGCAGAUGAAGAAGGCGCAACUGAGAGGUGAACUGGAGGAGGUAGAGCUUGAAACGCCUGGGGAUCGGAGGCGACUGGAGGAAGAACUGUGUCAGCUGGAGCAAAGGAAAGUAAAUAAAGUUCCACUCCGAGGAACCUUACUUUGCACUUACGUGAUACACAUUUUCACUCGCUCUGUGGUUGAAGUUGGGUUCAUGAUUGGACAGUAUCUUUUAUACGGAUUUCACCUAGAGCCUCUAUUUAAAUGCCACGGCCACCCAUGUCCAAAUACAAUUGAUUGUUUUGUCUCUAGACCCACAGAAAAGACGAUAUUCCUGUUAUUCAUGCAAUCCAUAGCGACUGUUUCACUUUUCUUAAAUGUUUUAGAAAUUUUCCAUCUAGGUUUUAAAAAGAUUAAAAGAGGGCUUUGGGGACAAUAUAAAUUGACGGAUGAACAUAAUGAAUUUUGUACGUCAAAACAAAACCUUGCCAAAUAUCAAAACACAUCUGCAAACUCACUGAAACGACUCUCUUCUGCACCUGAUUAUAGUCUGUUAGUGGACAAGGAAGCACACACAGCAGCGUAUCCUAGUUUAAAUCCCUCUGCAUUUCAGACAGAUCCUGAUAACCAUAUUGGAAAUGAUGACAAAGGCAUUUUGGAUGAACAGGAAACUCUGCUUUCUGAGAUGUGCACAUUUAGUACGGCCUGUGGUCAUCUUCAAAAUAUCAGCUCAAGUAAUAAAGACACUCAAAAACUAUCUGGAAAAGAAGUUAAUGGUAACCAGUUGAAGGGAAAAAGAGAAAUUUAUGGCAAAGACAGCAAAAGAAAUCAUUACUUUAAAGGUCACUGUUCUAGUCCAGGUGACGCUAUAGAGCUUAACAACCACAUGGGACAGUCACCGCAAACAGCUUUCUCUCUGCCAGCUAACUGCACCUGGAAACCGAAGUGGCCUCGUGCUACCCGGGGCCCCUCUGCAGAAAAUGAAACCCAGGCAUUACCUCCUAAAGGUAACCUCAAGGGCCAGCUCAGGGAGAGCACAACCAGAACCCUUCCUCCUUCACAGGAAGACUUUCAACCGCUUGACGUUCCAGACACUCCUGAUUCUUCAGGAGGGCUGUCCUCUGAAUCCAAGUUGGUCAGAACCUGCGGUAACCCUACUGCUUGUACUCCAAAUCAUUUAGUGUCACUGACAAACAACCUCAUUGGAAGGCGGGCUCCCACAGACCUUCAGAUCUGA